CUUCGGCGCCAGGGCCGGUGCAGUGCUUCCGUAGCCCAAGAUGGCGCUUCCUUUUGCACGCUCCUGGCGUUUGUGCCACUGGGCAGCGAAACGAUGGGGGGUUGCCUCUGGGGAAUCCCAAAGAGGCAUCAGUUUCAAACUGGAAGAAAAAACCGCCCACAGCAGUCUGGCACUCUUCAGAGGCGACACAGGUGUCAAAUAUGGAUUGGUGGGAUUGGAGCCCACCAAGCUAGCCCUGAAUGUGGAGCGUUUCCGGGAGUGGGCAGUGGUGCUGGCAGACACAGCGGUCACGAGUGGCAGACACUAUUGGGAAGUGACAGUGAAGCGUUCCCAGCAAUUCCGAAUAGGAGUGGCAGAUGUGGACAUAUCUCGGGAUAGCUGCAUCGGUAUUGAUGAUCAGUCAUGGGUGUUCUCCUGUGCCCAGCGCAAGUGGCACACCAUGUUGGCCAAUGAGAAAGCCCCAAUCGAGGGUAUCGGGCAGCCAGAGAAGGUGGGGCUGCUGCUGGAGUAUGAGGCCCAGAAGCUGAGCCUGGUAGAUGUGAGCCAGGUCUUGGUGGUUUUCACACUACAGACAGAAUUCCGGGGUCCAGUGGUGCCUGCUUUUGCUCUUUGGGAUGGAGAGCUGCUGACUCAUUCAGGGUUAGAGGUGCCAGAGGGUCUCUAGUGUAUGUCCAUUAUUGGAGUACCUAAUUAUGCUCUUGGCCCCCUUUCUGUUCAAAGUGUCUGAAACUGUUUACGUUGCCUCAGGCAAGCCCUAGCUCCCACUGUUCAGUAUCAAGACCUGUGCAUCAGCUUGUCUUCUACCUUAUGAAAGCUGGGCAUGCAGUUUCAAACUACUGCCAGUUUCCUGGACAACCAUGGGUAUUAUGUUCCCUGACUUGGCUUCUUUAGUCUGUCUUCCCAUAGUCUCUGUGAGACUAUUCCGUCUUGUAGUCUUUCAGCUGUGUUUGAAUUAUGUAUCUGUCACUGUAAGAUCUCUCCUUCCUUUUACUCAUGUGUAACUUGUUUUGGGUGCUCUACCAAAUUUCUCCUGAGUAAAUUAUGUCUACCUCUGGCUGUAGGAGUUGUUUAGUGACUUGGACCACCUACAGAGUGUGGGUUCUGGUUCCCUCAGUGCUUUAUUGACUCAGUAGAUCUGAGUGAGAACAGAAUCCUCUGUCCCUGGUACCUCCAUGCACAGACCCUCAGCCUCACAUAGCUGCAGCAACCCUCACCCUCACACCUAGCCAGUCUGUCAUAAUCAUUGUGCCAGUUAACAACUGUGACCAAAGGGAAGAGAUACUAGAGGGAUAUCUAGGGGAUUAGUGCCAGCAACUUUCUUCCUGAGAAGUUCCAUCUUUUUUUUUUUUGGUACUGGGGAUCGAACUCAGGACUUUGUGCUUGUGAGGCAGGCGGCAGCACCACUGAGCUAAAUCCCCGGCCCAGAAGUUCCACCUUAAUUUCUGCCAUAGUUGAAACUUCAGAGGAAGGAGGAAAGCCUGAGAUUUUGCAACAUCCAUUUUUGGGUCUGUUCAGAUCCAAACCCCUUUUCCCCUUGGCAACAGAAUACAUUUAAUGUGAAGCAUUAUUUAGGGGUGAGGAAAACCUUGUGGGGAAGAGAAUAUGUGCAUGAAAUAUGUUUUGUUUGGGCGGCUGUCUGAUGCUGUGGUUCUGUUUUAUUCUACCUUCUAUGAUGGUGAUGAAGCUGAGACCCUUAUGGGAGAAAGAAAAUGAAUUUAACAAAAAUAAUAAUUUGUGUAAUU